AUGGAGAGCAAGGCAAGGGUGGUUGAUGGGGAUGGCUGCUUGGUGGAUGAAGAGCAUGAUCAGGCUUUGGGGACUGCCACUGCAUCCAGACAGCAUGGCAAGAAGAAGCCCAGGAGGCCCAAAGAGCCCAAGAAGGAGGGGGUCAGGAGCUCUCCCUCUGGCAAAGGUCUGGAUGGGAUUUCACCAACAAGAGGUCAGGUGGUAACUUCCACCAAGGAUCUGGAUGAGAAAGAGAGAGCAAAGGACCAGGAUGCAGCAGAGAUUGAUGCAGAGCUCCUCAGGGCAGCUGCUGGGGAGGACCUCCAGAGGCCCAGCUCCCCUCCAGCCAGGCCAGAGGCAUUUGAGCUGUUCAAGCAGGAGGGUGGGAGUGUGAUCAGCAGGAUCUUCAAGGAGAACAGGAGCAUCCUGCUGGCCAGGAGGAAGAGGAGCAGGGCUGUGGUGCAGAGGAUCAGCUCCACCAGGAGGGAGAUGGAAGGCAUCCAGCGGGCUCUGGCGGCGCGGCGGCGGCGGCGCGGCCUGGAGGGAGAGUAUGCUGAUGAGGAAGGACAGACCAUAAUUGAUGAGGAGGAGUAUUUACUCAUCACAAAGCUAGGGGAGCUGAAGGAGGAGUACAGGUCUGCUUAUGCUGAGCUGAAGGACCUGGAGGCAGAAAUCCAGUACUGCCAGCACCUGGUGGACCAGUGCAGGAGCAGACUCAUCUCAGAGUUUGAGAUCUGGUACAGCGAGUCCUUCCUGAUCCCCAAGGAUGUGCAGGAAGCUCUGAAGCCUGGGGGCCACAUCAGACCUGGAAUGAUUCCCAUCAACAGAGUCAUGUGUCUGGAGGAAGAUGAGCAGGACAAGUUUGAGAGGCUGCAGGAGACCAUGCUGCCAGCCUGGCCAGCUUCAGCCUCCUUCUACAGGGCAAAGAGGAAGACAGAUCAGAAGGUAACCUUGGCUGGACCCCCUGCCACUCUGCUCUGCUGAUGCACCCUGGGAGAGGGAUUCUGCACCCCAGUGCUGGGUGGGCUGCAGGACACUGGCAGAACUCUGCCAUUCUG